AUGAGCGCCGUAUUAACAAGAUGUAGAGUGAGUCCAGCACAAUUAGAUUUGCUUUUAUCGUUUAUGGAAGAACACCCCGACUUCGCAGCUGGCAAACAGUCUAUAUAUUCUCGUUUUAGCUCUAGUAAGCUUUGGCGCUUGCUGGCCGAACGGUUAAACGCAGCUGCAGAAUACACAGGUGGCGCGAGAAAGUCGCCAGACAAGUGGUGCAGAUACUGGGCAGACAUAAAAUACAAGGCUCGAAAAAAAAGUGCCGCUGGUGGUUCAUUGGGAGAUCUUUCAAAUGUAGAAGAACGGUUGCAGAAUAUAUUAGGAACAAGACCAUCAGAGUCAGGUGGAGGGCGAGGCGGCAGCAACUCUGACGAGGAGCGCAAGCCGACACUUGACGACGACAUGUUCUCUGAGGGUUCUGGAGCGGCGGCUGGUGAAGGACGGCUCAGCACCGAAGAGUUACUUGCAGAAGCUGCUAUGCGCAGCGCUCUUGCUGCAGAGAAACAGGCAGAGGCCGUCACUCAGGCCGUGGACCUGCUGCGCGAUUUGGUGACAUUACUGCGGGAACGCAAUCAGCCAACAAACUCGCAACACGUACAGCACACAGUACAGCAACACGCAGUACAACAACACACAGUGCAGCAUACAGCGCAGCACGCUCAGCACGCGCCCGAUCAUACGUUGGCUGCCAUGCAGCACCAUCAUCAUCGUCUUUGA